AUGAUGAUUUUAGAGGCGAAAAGUCUUCACCGUGUCUUCUGCCACCUUUACCCCGCCUGCCCAUCCACAUCGACACGCAGAAACAAGAUGACUGCUACGGCUCGGCUGUUAACGGGUCGCUCCCACGGCCCCAUCUCGAGACUGCAAGGCGACGCUGUGGCUGUCCACGAAGACUCUCCGGAUGUGUCGUUGGCGGGCCAUGACAAGAGCAUGUGCGAGGACUCGACGGCUAACAUGAGAACUAUCAACCUUAGCAACCAGCGCGCGAAGAACCAGUUCCGACCCCGCGUCGGCAAGGGUGGUGCUACCAGCUACCAGCUGCGCCAGUAUGCCGAAGUGACGCUUGGCGGAGGCAGUCUUCGCAAGGUGGUGAAGCUUCCCGAGGGUGAAGACGAGAAUGAGUGGCUCGCGGUCAACAUGGUCGACUUCUACAACCAGAUUAAUCUGAUCUACGGAGCCAUCACCGAGUUCUGCUCGCCGCAGUCGUGCCCCGAGAUGAAGGCUACCGACGAAUUCGAGUACCUCUGGCAGGACAACGACAACUACAAGAAGCCCACAAAGAUGGCAGCGCCUGCAUAUAUAGAGCAGCUGAUGGCAUGGGUCCAAGCCAACAUUGACAACGAACAGGUGCUACCCAGCAAGAUUGGUGUGCCGUUCCCCAAGUCGUUCCCAGCCCUCGUCCGACAGAUAUUCAAGCGCAUGUACCGAGUCUACGCCCACAUUUACUGUCACCACUAUCCCGUCAUCCGCGAGCUCGGCCUCGAGCCCCAUCUGAACACGAGCUUCAAGCAAUACGUCCUGUUCAUCGACGAGCACAGCCUCGCCAGCGGUCGCGACUACUGGGGUCCCCUGGGUGAUCUGGUUGAUAGCAUGCUGAAGAGCGAUUAA